UUUUUGGUUUCGGAAGGGGCCAGCGUUCGCGGUAGCCCUCGCCGCUCGAGUGGCCCAUUCAAUUGUCCGGCCGGCGUCGCCACGAGGCUUCGGCAGCAGCGACUCACCCUCGCCCAUUCCGCAGAUCAGACUCUCCCCCUCCGGGAAUGAGGUCAACCUCGCACCACCCCCGCUUAUAAGCACAGCGCCGCACUCGGUGGGCCUUGUUCUCCCCGUGCAAACCUCCAUUUGGAUCUGUUCAGAAACGCCAUCGUCGACGACGCAGGAGCACUCACAGCCCGAGACAUGCACACCGUCAGGAAUUUCUUCAGCAUAAUGCUGGUCUGCGCUGGCUUCUCGGCGGUGCUUGCCCAGCAAGGAUACGGUGGAGCUGGCGGCUACGGCGGCGCUGGCGCCGGCGGAGCUUACGGUGGUGGCGCCGGAUCUGGAGGCUACGGUGGAGCGGGUGCCUAUGGAGGUGGAGCGGGUGCCUACGGAGGUGGAGCGGGUGCCUACGGAGGUGGAGCGGGUGCCUACGGAGGCGGAGCGGGUGCCUACGGAGGUGGAGCGCCCGGCGGCGGAGCUGUCUACACAGGAUCGAGUGUCGCUCCUGCCGGAGGUUACGGUGGAGGCGACUACGGCGGCGCCGCGACGGGCGGCGCGGCAGCCUAUGGAGGAGCUCCUGCAGCCGGAGGAGCGUACGGCGCCGCGAGCCCAUACAGCGGUUCCUUCGACUUCACCAACAACGUGAACCACGCCGGUUACGGUGCGGGCGUCGGCGGUGUCCAGGCAGCCGGCGGAUACGGUGGUGCCCAGGCCACCGCAACCCAGGGCUACGCUGCCUCCGGAGGACUCGGCCAGGGUGCUAGCUAUGGUGGAGCGGCUGGCCUUGGAGCUGGCUACGGCGCCGGAGCCGCUGGAGCUGGCGGAGCCGGACUUGGGGUAUCCUACGGAGGCGCCGGUGGCUAUGGAGGCGGCGCCGGAGGCUACGGUGCAGCGUCCGGUCUGGCUGGAGCUGCCCAGGUGUAUGGUGGUGGUGCCUCAGGAGCCGGCGGAUACGGAGGCGGAUUCCAUCAGCAGGGAGGCGCCAGCGGUGGAUACUGAGCGACGUCUGUUGACGCCAGCACAAGCGAUACAAGCCACUAAAGAAAACACAGAGGGAGCGUGCCGAGCCUACCGGCACGGGUCUCGCAAUCUUACCAGUCGCAGUCCUCUGCUAAGAACGAGCUAUUCUUUGUUGCUCCAUCCCUCCCCCACGCACCCUCCACACUUUCUUUUCUCGUACCUUUCCCUCUCCACAUAAUUGUCAAUGCUCUUGUCGGUCCUUUGUACUAGGCCUUGCUGCCUUUCUGUCCUUAAGAAGUAGUCGUUCAGCGGGAUAUUCGAAACUACAGCGCGUGACGCUUAGAGCAGAGCACCGCGACUCGAAACAGUGUCGGGCAACGCUCACAGAGGCAAGGAAUAGCGCUGGGUUAGUUCGUUCGAUUAGUAAAGGAGUAUCUAGAGAACAACCGUGACUUUAAGAUAAUGUCCGCAGCUGAUGGGCGUAUUGAGCGUGGUCGACUUCGUUAAGGCAGAUGAAUUUACCUUUUCAAUUCCUCGUUCCACACUUGAAACGUUGAGCAUGGAUUAUUAGUGGCGAUCCGUGACUUCGUGUGUGAAUGGCGGAAGGGUCGGCCAUUUCAAAAGUAAUCAAAAGUACGAAUUAAUUUGGAUUACAUCGGUCAGUUUUUUCGCUACAAUAGCAAAACAUUCACCUUUGGUUGUAUAAUAUUCGCAGAUUCAUUGCUAAAUCACACAUCUUUAAUCAAGACGUUUCUACCUGACAGGUGUAGUGUGGCAGUCACGUUAGCUUGUGGGACUUGGGUUUUUGAUAGAGAACGCGCUGAUUGUUAUGAAUCGAUUCUGCUUUCAAAAUUCCACGCAGACCUAAAAUUUAUUAUAUCGUGGAACUAUCGUUCACACGUUUUUUGUCUCAACAGGCAUUCCCACGCACGCAGUAAAUGUACGCUGAUUUCCAAAGAGCAUGUAGUGUUUUUCUUUGUGUAACCAGUUGGAAGUUAGGCAUCAGCCCGGAGUAGCGCUUGGAAGUAGCCUAAUAAUAGAAUGCGUGACAGCGAAUGAUGAUUGUUUAUAUUAAGAAAAGUGCCAAAUGUCGAGAAGUAGUCCCUGCUUAAAAAAGUAGGAAAAUGCAAAAAAAAAAAAAAUUUGGACGCCCGAGAAGCCGCAUGGGAAAAACGGAGCCUUGGAGCCGCCUUGUGUUUCGUUUGGCGCAGUAGACAAAGGGUGCGUUGGAUGAACUGGACACAACGCUAGAAGGGGCAGCCACUCAGUGUUUUAGUAAAUACCACUUUUAACGCACAUGACUCUCUUAGACCUUCCUACUCACUCCUCUGGCCCCAUUCGGUGGAUUUUUAUUGGACACAUAGGAUGUACUGUUUUCAAUUUAUUGAACUUUAUAACCAAUGUGCAGGCGAUUUCAACAGUGGUGAAUUACCUAACGUUGACCUUCCCUUUGUGACCGUGCUGUCAUCGGCAUGCUCUCUCUACCAUGUACAAACUUUGUAUAUAGAAAUAAGAGUCCAGAAGUUUUCCUGUAUGCGCUGUGAUCAAAUUUUCCGAUAUCUAUUCUUUAUAUACUUGUUUGUUCUAAUUUAUGAGCUGUCAGUGUUGCGAGCUCACGAAAGGAGCUCUUGCGCUUGCCGUAAGUCACACAUAACGACCUCAGUCGACGUUGUAUGUUAUAUAUGUGACCUGUGCUAGAGCGGCAAAAGUUCAUUUGGUUUCAGCUGGUAAAGAAAUGACACUAUUGUAUUUUUAAUUAAGCAUUCGCUGUUCAAGGUUGCUAUAUUAAGUCAGAGUGUUGGAUAUAGUGGCACGUAUUUUGCCAGCGCGCGUACAGCUGCUUACGGAAGUUUUAUGAGCGCAUAUUUCAAGCAAAGUAGGAAAUGCAUUUUGUUGUAGUUUUGGCGUGUAGCGCUGGAAUUGUAAUGAGUGUUGCGCACUGCCACACUCAAUUUCUUGCGGCAUGCUUAGGAGGGGCGUCGAGAAUUUGUCGCUUCUGUGCUCUGAAAACCUCCGGGAGUGGCUGUCAAGUAUAUAUAAGUACCUUGCUAUCAACGAAAUUGCAAUUGAAAAGUAAUAAUGUCUUUCCGAGCUUUGUGGGAGCACCUGGACCACGCUGCAUCAAUGCCAUUUGUGUUCGUUCACCUCUCCGGCAAUACUUGUGUGAUUGCGUUAUUUGAAAGUGGUCUGUGAAAUGUUACUGAACUGUUAGACUGAGCCAGUUUUUAUUUAAUAAAGAUCUCGACAAAGUAUA